AUUAUAUCUAUUAAACAUGGCUCUACAAAUCCCAGAACGCUCAGGGCUGUUUCCUUCUAGAAAAUCCGGGAACAACUUGCUUCUAGGGGGUUUCCGCUCUCCUACAGCAACGAGCCCUCAAGAUCUAUCUUGGCACCUACCUGAGGAAGUUGCAGCCCAUAAUGUAACCAGGUCAAAAGCCCACCAUCUUCUCCUAAAGCUCGGUCACUACGAAACACUGCUGGCCCUUGAGAGAGAGUCAUCGCGAGCCCUAACAUUGUCUCUGCAAUCGAUGCAGAGACAAGUUGUUAGCGCAAAUGAGAAACGCACACACGCUGAAGAGGCCCUUAGAAACUGUCCAGGUUGCCAGCAGAUGAAUAAUAUUGGGAUAGCAAUUGAGACCGACGUAUCUCAGAGAACGCCAUUCUUCGAUAUGGGUGUUAAUAGUGAUGAGGGUUUACUGAUUGAGCAAAAUCGACAGCCAUCCAAGCGAAAGAGGGCCGACGAGGACCAUAUGCCAAUUAAGCGCAUGAAAUCAGGGCCUGAGAAUGAAUAAGCAUAGGCCGUAAACUUAGAAGAGUAGUGGUAGAUCGUGG